GUCCCUUGAAAAUGUUAAAAUCAAUGAAUGUAAAUACAUUGAUGAAAAAUAUUCCAAGAGUACCAUAAACAAAAACCAUCAUCUUAACUGAUGUUGAUUAGUUAUGUUAACUAGGUAAUUUACUUGAUAACAAACUUUCAAUUUUUGCAAACGCCUAUCAUAUAUCAAACCGGCCAGAAUUGGAUAUCAAGAUCACUUGAUUUUUUGCGCAGUUCAGCAAACGUAUAAAUACACAGUGUCGGCGAUGAAAAACAUAUCCAGGCCUGGACAUGGUAGUCAAAAUGGGAACCGUAUGGCUUUCAGUUGGUGUUGUAGUUCUCUUGAGUCUUCUCGUGACGACAGAGGCUCUCACACAAGAACAACUUGAUUUCAUAUGCUCAGAGGGUUCAUCAGAUCAGUACUAUUUUGCCCAUCCGCUGAGCUGUAAACGUUUCAUCCAGUGUGACACAUCUCGCACGGGGUUUGACAUGCCGUGUGCCGAUUACAAUUGCUGGAACCAAGACCUCCUCACUCAAGACUAUUGCAGUAACGUGGACUGCCGCCCCGAAAGAUGCUGCUGUUAUGUUGUGGGGGAUCCACACUAUCACACAUAUGAUGACAAUUCAAUCCAUUUUCAAGGUGAAUGCAGGUACACCAUCACCGAGACGUGUUUCGAUCCGGCAGUCCACCCGGAACUUACAGAGUUUACCAUUGAAGGAAUCAAUUACGUGGAUCCCAAUUUUAACACGGGUCGUUCUUGGCCAAAGGAAAUCUACAUUGAUGUUUUUGAAAUGAAAUUCAAGCUUGAUCAAGGAGACCCAGCGCCUGGAUUAGCAGGUCCAUCCGGCCCACCGAAAGCUUUUAAGUUUGUGGAUGAUUGGGAACUAAUCUUUUAUGGCGGCGGCCCUAUUGAAGUGUGCAAUGAAGGAAGAUGCGUCAGCAUAUCUCUUAAUGAUGACAACUUUAUUGUUUUCGAAUUUGACUUCGGCGUUAUCAUCGACUGGGGUGAACACCGCUUUACUAGACGCUAUAAAGUUAACAUAUGCAUCCCCGGGACAUACAGAGGAAUGUUGUGUGGUAUGUGUGGCACCUGCAAUGGGGAUAAGGACGAUGACUUUUCUCUGAAGGACGGGACGUAUGUGGGCGAUCUUUAUGACAGUUCGUCCUGGGCAGUAAUCCAGGGCAUGUACGACCAGAUCGGAGAGAGUUGGCUGGUUCCUGAUCCCAGUCUCGGACCGGAGUGCCAGGCACCAGGUGGGAGGAGACGCAAGCGUCAAGCUUCUUCAGAGCAAAGGGACUGCGAGGAAAAUAUCCUCUGUGAUGUCAUAAAAAACGUUGAAGGCGUGUUUGGCAGAUGUGCUGCAAGUUCACUCGUGAAUUCCGAAGAGUACUACGUGUCCUGUGCAAUUGAUGUUUGCUCAGCCUCCGGAGAUGAAGCAACAUUGCCAGAGGUUCAGCAUGAGGUGGCGUGUGGUAUCAUUGAGACCUAUGCUAAAGCGUGCGAAGAAGCAGGACUCGGGGUAUUCCCUGGAGCUUGGAGAGAAGUAACAGAUUGCCCGCUGCAUGGGUGUAAUGCGGAGGGAUACAACAUGCGUUAUAAUGCAAGCAUGACUAGUUGUCCAGCCUCUUGUGUCAACCCCUCGGGCUCCGAGCAAUGUGCUUCACAAGAGGGGUGCCAGUGUCUGGCCGGGUACGUCCGUAGUGGACAUCUGUGUGUUCCUCGGGACCGUUGUGGUUGUGAGGAUGCAACGGGUGGCUACCAUCAGUUAGGGGACACAUGGGCCUCUCGUAACUGUACUCAUUGGUACAUGUGUGUGGAACCGAACCAAAUAGAGGAAAUACAGAGUCCAUGUGGUGUAGGGAGCCAGUGCCAGCUUGUAGAUGGCCUGUGGACGUGUACCGAUUCCAUCAAAACUACUGAACCCCCAGUGAUAGUAUAAUACCAAAAUAAGCUGUGUUACUUCUCUGACGUCAUGCUAGUGAGCGCUGCAAACUUCUUCACAUUCUACAGCAGUUUAAAAAACUGGGGAAACAUUUUCUGAGCAUUUUUGUGGAUAUAUAGAAGGCGUAAAAAACGUUCAAUCGUUUUAACCAUUUU